UUUGGCAAAAUGGCCAUUAAAUCAUCCAUCUUACACUUACGCGUCUGAAAAGGCUGUUGGAAGACCUUCAUUUUCUCUCGCCAUUAUUAUUUUUUUCUACCAAAAGAAAAGCAAAAGAGUGGUUCAUAGAUAAAGGACGGAAGACAUUACCAGCUGGGUGUUUUCUCUGUCUUUGUCUUUCUCUGAACCAAGUAUAGAAUAAAGUCGUGUGGAGAAAGAAAGAAAGAAGGAAUAUUUUUAUAUAUACACCACAAAUAAAAAGGCCAUUGCUUUGGGGGGGAGCAGCUGAAGGGAAAUAUUUUUUUUUUUUUUUCUGGGUUGUUGAUGGUAAUGGGUUUGAAGCUUGUAAUGUGGCAUGCAUUAGUGGUCUGGUUUUUGUGUUCUUGUUGGGUUUCUUUUGUUGAAGCCUCUGUGUCUUAUGACUCUAAGGCUAUCAUCAUCAAUGGCCACAGAAGGAUCCUCAUUUCUGGAUCCAUUCACUACCCAAGAAGCUCCCCUGAGAUGUGGCCAGAUCUUAUUCAAAAGGCUAAGGAAGGAGGUCUGGAUGUGAUUCAGACUUAUGUUUUCUGGAAUGGGCAUGAGCCUCAACAGGGCAAAUACUAUUUUGGGGGAAAUUAUGAUCUGGUUAAGUUCGUUAAGCUGGUUCAGCAAGCAGGCUUAUAUGUACAUCUCCGGAUUGGUCCCUAUGUUUGUGCUGAGUGGAACUUUGGGGGCUUCCCUGUUUGGUUGAAGUACAUUCCUGGCAUCCAAUUUAGAACAGAUAACGGACCUUUUAAGGACCAUAUGCAACGAUUUACGACAAAAAUUGUGAAUAUGAUGAAAGCAGAACGAUUGUUUGAAACUCAAGGUGGCCCAAUAAUUUUAUCCCAGAUUGAAAAUGAGUAUGGACCCUUGGAGUAUGAAUAUGGGGCUCCUGGUAGAGCAUACACUCAUUGGGCAGCUCAUAUGGCUGUUGGACUCGGCACGGGUGUCCCAUGGGUCAUGUGCAAGCAAGAUGAUGCCCCUGACCCUGUUAUUAAUGCCUGCAAUGGAUUCUACUGUGACUACUUCUCUCCAAACAAGGCUUAUAAGCCAAAGAUGUGGACUGAAGCCUGGACUGGCUGGUAUACUGAGUUUGGCGGUCCAGUUCCACACCGACCAGCUGAAGACUUGGCCUUCUCAGUUGCAAGGUUCAUACAGAAGGGGGGAGCAUUCAUUAAUUAUUAUAUGUACCAUGGUGGAACAAAUUUUGGUCGAACUGCUGGUGGCCCGUUUAUUGCUACUAGCUAUGAUUAUGACGCUCCUCUUGAUGAAUUUGGAUUAUUGAGGCAACCCAAAUGGGGCCAUUUAAAAGAUUUGCACAGAGCAAUAAAACUGUGUGAACCAGCUUUGGUAUCUGCAGAUCCUGUUGUAACACCACUUGGAAAUUAUCAGCAGGCUCACGUAUUCAAAUCAAAGUCUGGAGCUUGUGCUGCAUUCCUUGCAAAUUACAACCCAAAUUCUUAUGCAAAAAUUGCCUUUGGGAAUAUGCACUACAAUCUGCCUCCUUGGUCUAUCAGCAUUCUCCCUGACUGCAAGAACACAGUCUAUAACACAGCAAGGAUUGGUGCUCAAAGUGCACAGAUGAAGAUGACCCGUGUUCCCAUGCAUGGAGGAUUCUCUUGGCAGGCGUACAAUGAAGAGACAUCCUCUUAUGAUGAUACUUCAUUCACAGUGGUUGGAUUGUUGGAACAGAUAAAUACCACAAGAGAUGCCUCAGAUUAUUUGUGGUACAUGACAGAUGUAAAGAUUGAUCCCAAUGAAGGAUUUUUGAAGACUGGAAAGUAUCCCGUAUUAACGGUCUUAUCAGCUGGACAUGCUUUGCAUAUAUUUAUCAACGGUCAACUAUCAGGUACUGCUUAUGGAAGUUUAGAAUUUCCUAAAUUAACAUUUAGUAGUGGUGUGAACUUGAGAGCUGGUGUCAACAAAAUUGCACUUCUAAGUAUUGCUGUUGGGCUUCCGAAUGUCGGUCCUCAUUUUGAGACGUGGAAUGCUGGUGUUCUUGGGCCAGUUACAUUAAAUGGUCUCAACGAGGGUAGGAGAGAUUUGUCAUGGCAGAAAUGGUCCUACAAGGUUGGUCUGAAAGGAGAAAAUUUAGGUCUUCAUUCACUCAGUGGGAGUUCUUCAGUUGAGUGGAUUCAGGGUAAUUCUGUCUCCCGAAGACAGCCUUUGACAUGGUAUAAAACCACUUUCAAUGCUCCAGCGGGACAUGCACCAUUAGCGUUAGAUAUGGGCACCAUGGGAAAAGGUCAAAUAUGGAUCAAUGGACGAAGUCUUGGUCGCUACUGGCCAGCUUACAAGGCAUCUGGUAGAUGUGAUGGCUGUAACUAUGCUGGAACAUAUCAUGAGAAGAAAUGCUCAAGUAAUUGUGGGGAGGCUUCACAAAGAUGGUAUCAUGUUCCUCAUUCAUGGCUGAGCCCAACGGGCAAUUUGUUGGUUGCGUUUGAAGAAUGGGGUGGAGACCCAAAUGGCAUUUUUUUGGUUAGAAGAGACAUAGAUAGUGUAUGUGCUGAUAUCAAUGAGUGGCAGCCAACCCUAAUGAAUUGGCAAAUGCAAGCCUCUGGUAAAGUCAAUAAACCCCUGAGGCCUAAAGUUCACUUGUCGUGUGGCCUUGGGCAGAAAAUUUCAUCAAUAAAAUUUGCUAGCUUCGGGACACCAGAAGGGUCUUGUGGAAGUUACCGUGAGGGAAACUGUCAUGCCCAUAAAUCAUAUGAUGCUUUUCAAAGGAGUUGCAUUGGACAAAAUUCGUGCACGGUGACUGUAGCACCUGAAAUUUUUGGAGGUGAUCCAUGUCCUAAUGUUAUGAAGAAACUCUCUGUUGAGGCCAUUUGCAGCUGAUGUUUUCUCCAAGAUCUGAAGUAAUGGUCCCAUAUAUUUUUUUUUCAUGCUCCUAUACUGCAAUUUCAGUUGAUUAAUUUUUGGGUAAAUUAAUCUACACAUCCAAGAAGAUUACGACCAUUCGUUGGCUUUUCCAUGGUGAAGUUGUACAAAUAUACAGCACACUGCAUGGUCGAAAGCCUCAAGAGUUUGUGAAAGAUGAUUGUGGAUAAGCUAUAUGUAUAUAUACUCAAAUCUGUUUCGAUUGGUCUCCAGCAUUAAAAGUCGAAGAUGGUAUCUAGAAUUGAGUGUCUGUAGUCUAGCACAUUGAGACGAUGCUAAUCGAGUCCAUGUGCAAAUUUUAUAGCUUUAGAGCAUGGAAACAUAUGGUUUCCAGUAAUAUUAAUGUUUCAUUUUUAUGUGACUUGUGAGUUUAAUUGCUUUUUUGUGUAAGAAAGUUUUCAGAAGUAAUAAUAUUCAGCUUAAUCA